CGAAAUGCCAGUGUCAAAAAGGCCGACUCCCGAUAGCGGCCGAAAGUUGGCGUGUGUCUAUACAAAAAUUGCAAAUUUUCCACAAUUUUCGUGAUAUUUUGAUGGUGUGCAGUGAGAAAAGUAGCCGGAAAUCAUGGAGAGAUUCACGCUGAAGAUAAUAGACAAGCCCAAAUCCAGCCUGAGAAAUGCCUGUCGCCUGUGCGGCAUGGACAAUCCCGAGAAAAUUAACAUUCUUCGCGACGAGGAUGUUUUCUGCGAUGAUGAUGUUCCACUCGCAACGAAAAUUAAUGUUUGCUGUGGCAUCGAGGUGGCAAAGAAAGACAGGAUGCCACAGAAGAUUUGCAGUCUCUGUUGUGACAAGAUUAACGAUUUUUAUGAAUUCCGGGAGAUGUGUACAGCUACUCAAGUACAAACCAGAGAUUUGCUUGGUCUGCCUAGGGAGAUGCCCAAACCAAAACCACAGCCUCCGCCUCCAAGCGCCCCAAAUCCUGCUCCUAAUGUCAAAACACCCUCACAGACCAUUCUCGAACCUCCUAUUAUAACAGAGUCACGGACAAGGGUCGAGAGGCGCAUGCCAGAAAAGCGUCCUCCGAAAGACAAGAAGAAAAAGAAAAAAGUCACAAUUGUCACUCCGCCAGAAAUUAAGUCAGAACCUGAUCCUAAACAGAUGCCGGGAGAUGCUGCACCGGCUCCUGCUCCAGCUCCAGCCGUGAAGAAAGUUAAGCCAAAGGUGAAGCAGAAGCUGAAGAAAAAAGUUCAGUUUGCUGUGAAACAGAAAGCCUUUCAGAAACCAGCGCCGAAACGUCCCAUCGUCAAUGAUACUGAGCCCAAGCCCAAAGCCAAGAAGGCUAGAGUGGAAAAGGUCGCUAAGGUGGUCAAAGUGGCUAAAACUCCGCCAAUGGUCACAUGUCCCAUUUGCAAGGAUUCAAUGGAGAAGGAUAUCUACAAUGUUCACAUGUUCCAACUCCAUACGCCCAAGACUUAUGAGUUCGGCUGCAGUCCCUGUGGAGUUCCCUUCGAAUCCAAGAAUGACUACAACGUUCACAUGGUUUGGCACAAGAACUGCAACAUUCCAUUCAGAUGCUUCAAGUGCCAGGGAUCCUUUGAUCGUCUCUCUAGUUACACAAUACAUGCAAUGAAGAGUUGUCCAGCGAAGCACGUCUUCACCAACACCGUUCCCAACACUCAAUGUACAAUUUGUGGCAUGGAUUUCGCAACGUUCAAUCUCUACAAUUGGCAUGGAUGCUUCAUCAAAGCAAAUUCGAAUUGUCCCAAGUGCAACAAAUUCAUUCGUACUAAACAAAAUAUGUUUAAGCAUAUCUUCAGCUGUGUCGGAAAGGGUGACUUCCCGCCGGCUCCAAGUCAGGAGGAACCUGAGGAAGAAGCUCCUCCACCUCCUCCUGCUUCUGCUCCAGAAGUGGUGAAGAAGGUGAAACCACUGAAGAUCAAAAUUCUGGAUAGGAAGAAGUAUUCGAGCGCUGUGGUAGCUCCAGUGCAGAAAGUUAUUAAGACAGAGCCAGAUUCGACGCUGGAGAUUGAGGAAUCUCAGGUGAAUGUAGAAGCACCGAGUUUGCAUACGACCCUUGAUGAUAUCAGGCCACCGGAAGAUGGAACGGAGCAACCGGAAAAUAUGAAAGUGAAGAAAAAGAAGACACUGAUGAAUCCUUAUGCUUCUCUGAUUCGAAAGAUAAAGCAAGAACCAAAAGAUCCGAAGGAUACUACAACGACUCUGCCGGCGACCAAGAUUGUUCCGGAGAAGUUGCCGGAAAACAAGAAGCCUGAAGCUCCAAGACCAACUGUUAGAGUGAAGCAGGAACCAAUAGAUACGGGAUAUGAGCAAAUGGUUAAUUUAGCUGCGAAGAAUAUCAAAAAGGAGAGAAUUGAUCCGGCUGAUGAGCCUCCGGCACCUGAAAUUCCUCCAGAGCCGGUUCAGGAAGAGACUCAAGGAGAACUUCAAGAACCAGUUCAGGAGGAGCCUACAGAGCCUACAGAGCCAGCUCAGGAAGAACCUCCAGCACAGCCAGCGAUGCUUCCGCGUGGAAUCAGGAUUAAGCAGGAAGUAAUUGUGAAGCCAGAACCAGUUGAUCCAGCAUACGAUCGCUAUCUGCCGCAGAAACCGAUUCAGAAACCAGUGCAGAAACCUUUGGCUAAAGUGGCCAAAAAGAGGGUUUUUAAGAUCCCAUCGGCUCUUAUCAGGAAGAUUCAGCAGGAGCGAUCAAUUCGAGAGCAAGAGAAAUCUCAGUCAGAACCGGAAAAUACCCAGAAUAAUCAUACUGAGGCUGAGAACAAUGACGAAGCGCCGCAGAAUUCUGUGCCUGUGAUUACAGGUGUGAGGAGUAUUGAAAAGAGUGACUUUGGUUCCACCAGCGAACCUUUCUAUCCUGUUAGGAUUAAGUCUGAGAGAAUUAGUCCACCAAGAACACUGCCCAGGGUUCAGGAGAAUGUGGCUCAUGAGGAGAAUGGUGUGAAUGAAAAUGGGAAUCAUGCUGAUGAAUCCGGAGACCAGGACGUUGGUCAGGAAGAAGUUCCCCCCGAAGAGCCUACUGUUGCUGAGAGUGCAGAGGAAAUGGCAGUUGAUCAUGUGACUGAGGAGAUUCCGGUGCAAAAAACAGUAGAAAAUACUGACAAUCCUCCACUUGAAAAUUUGCCUGAGGACGCUGCUCAAGAAAAUGUUCCUGAGAGUGCAUCCGUUGUCAAUAAUGAACACAAUGGGGAUGCAAAUGAACAUUCAAGGAGUACAGAUCAGCCAGAAGAUGGUCAAAAGUGAAGAAAUAUGUAGAAGUAUGCUUAGGAGAUUUUGAAGUAAAGGUGUAAGAGGAGAACGUAAUAAAAGAAUUGAGAAAAUA